AACACCACAAAUCUCAACAACACGAUGUCGUCAGCCAAGAGAAGAAAGGUUGAUAGCGAAGUACCCUCUGGCCUGUUGGAGAAUAAGAAGCAUGUGGCCAAGGAGCUAGCGCCUACUUCAGCCUCGACAUCGCCAGAGCCAACAGGAGAAGAAGAGCCCGAGGAAAAGAUAGAAGAGGAGGUAACAAAGACCUUCAAGGAUCUCGGUAUCAUCGAUUCGUUAUGCGAUGCCUGUACCGCUCUGGGGUACAAAGCCCCAACUCCAAUCCAAGCCCAGUCGAUUCCGCUCACACUCGAAGGUCGAGACUUGAUCGGCCUGGCAGAGACAGGCAGUGGAAAGACAGCAGCUUUUGCUCUCCCAAUUCUACAGGCAUUGCUCGAUAAUCCUCAACCUCUAUUCGGUCUCGUUCUGGCACCUACCCGCGAGUUGGCAUACCAAAUAUCGCAAGCAUUCGAGGCCCUGGGAUCACUCAUAUCAGUACGAUGUGCGGUCAUUGUAGGAGGCAUGGAUAUGGUUCCUCAAGCUAUUGCACUGGGCAGGAAACCUCACAUUAUUGUGGCCACCCCAGGUCGAUUGCUGGAUCAUCUCGAAAACACAAAGGGCUUUUCUCUACGAUUGUUGAAGUACUUGGUUAUGGACGAAGCAGACAGACUUCUUGAUCUCGAUUUCGGACCCAUCCUUGACAAAAUACUGAAAGUCCUUCCCCGCGAACGACGAACAUACCUCUUCUCGGCGACGAUGAGCUCGAAAGUCGAGAGUCUUCAAAGAGCAAGUUUGAAGGACCCUCUUCGAGUGAGCAUCAGCAGCAACAAAUACCAAACCGUCUCCACAUUACUCCAAAGUUACGUUUUCAUCCCACACCAGCACAAGGACACCUACCUUGUUUACCUCAUCAACGAAUUUGCAGGCCAGUCCGCGAUAGUCUUUACGAGGACAGUGAACGAAACACAACGGAUAGCUAUCUUGCUUAGAACCUUAGGCUUCGGGGCAAUACCUCUUCAUGGUCAGCUUUCACAGUCAGCUCGUUUGGGGGCAUUGAACAAAUUCCGAGCCGGAUCGCGAGAAAUUCUGGUCGCUACCGAUGUCGCCGCCCGCGGUCUCGAUAUCCCAUCCGUGGAUGUGGUACUGAACUACGAUUUACCGCCUGACAGUAAAACUUACAUCCAUCGAGUAGGACGCACCGCGCGAGCUGGAAAGUCGGGUCAUGCUAUCAGCGUAGUCACACAGUAUGAUGUUGAGAUUUGGUUGCGCAUUGAGGCUGCCCUAGGCAAAAAGCAGAAGGAGUACGGUACCGAGAAGGAAGAAGUGAUGGUUUUCAAGGCUCGUGUUGAGGAGGCUCAACGACAUGCACGAAAUGAGAUGAAGAAUCUGCACGAGGAUCGAGGCAAGAAAGGUUCGGUUCUGAAAGGCAGACGGCCAAAGGGAGGGGACAAGAAGCGGGGUAGAGAUGAAAUGGAUAGAGAGGAGGGAUAAGCCGUUUUGCUGGUCCAAAAAAAGAUGUCGUCCUUGCACAUGUUUGUGUCUGUCACAGGUUGGCAUUCCUCUCGCUGCUGUUUUCUGAUGAUAUGUGGCUUGGCAAGUAAAAUUCUUCCUGCUCUCAUGAUCCCUCUCCGGACUGUAUCCUGCUACUCGUAAUAAAUUGCAGUAUGGGCUCCGAUAGGCUCGAUAAUCGAUCGAUAGAUAAUCGCGCUAAUUAGCCGAUAAUCGAUAAAUAUCAAUAGUAGUAGGUCUAAUUUCUUUAGCGAUAGUUACAGGGCAAGUG